AUUUUAGUAUUCUUUAGAUUCUUUUGGCAUUUUAUUUUUGACUUUCUGUAAGACUUAUUUUCAAUGCGGCAUUACUUUUAAAUUUAGUAUAAAAUUCGUAAUUUCCUAGGCCUUUCGACGAAUACGUUAUUAAUAUCUUCAAAUUGAAUAGUCUACAUCCAGAGCAUUGUGGGGUCCGACCAAUAAAAACCUUAGCGCUUACAGUUUUUUUCUUUUAACGAACAUUCUUUAAUAUGAUGUCAACAGCUAAGCGGGUCUGUAAGAGCCGUCGAUAUUUAUUGCAGAUCCAAUUGCUCUAUAAUUUAACUGGGGGUAAAAAGUGUUCGCCCUUGGGGAUCUGGUGGCGGCCUCGACGUUUUAGUUCGGGCUGUUCAACGCUGACGCUGAAGAACACUUUCAAGUGCUAUGAGCUGGAGAAGGGACCGCCCAUGGACGUGGAAUUAUCACGUGAGGACGCAUUGAAAAUGUACACGCAGAUGGUGGAGGUGCGUCGAAUCGAGGUGGUUUGCAAUAAUUUGUACAAGGCGAAGCAUAUUCGGGGCUUUUGCCAUCUGUACAAUGGCCAGGAGGCGGUGGCCGUCGGCAUGUGCGCGGUGCUGCAGAAAAAGGAUAGUGUAAUAACGGCAUAUCGUGCCCAUGCCUGGACCUACCUGAUGGGCGUCUCGGCAUACGGAUUAAUUGCCGAACUGGUCGGCGUUAAGACCGGCUGCAGCCGUGGUAAAGGCGGCUCGAUGCACACCUACGGCGACAACUUUUACGGUGGCAAUGGCAUAGUUGGGGCCCAAGUGCCGCUGGGCGCCGGAAUCGCGCUGGCGCAUCGCUAUAAGGGCGACGGCGGUGUCUGUGUCGCACUAUAUGGCGACGGUGCGAGCAACCAGGGCCAGGUGUUCGAGGCGUACAACAUGGCCAAGCUGUGGGGCCUGCCCUGCAUAUUUGUCUGCGAGAAUAAUCACUACGGCAUGGGCACCAGCGUCGAUCGGCAUGCGGCCCUUACCGACUUCUAUAUGCGCGGCCAGUAUAUACCCGGCCUCUGGGUCGACGGCAACCAGGUGCUGGCCGUGCGCAGUGCCACGCAGUUUGCCGUCGAGCAUGCGAGGAACUGUGGCCCGAUUGUGCUGGAGAUGAGCACGUACCGUUAUGAGGGUCACUCAAUGUCCGAUCCGGGUACGGCAUACCGGUCGCGUGAUGAGGUGAAAACGAUACGCUCCAAACGGGAUCCCAUCGAAAGCUUCCGCAAGCAAAUCCUUCAACUCUGCUUGGCCGACGAGGAGGAGCUGAAGAAGAUCGAUGCCAAAGUGCGCAAAGAUCUCCAGGCGAUCUCCAAGAAGAUAUUGACCGAUCGCGAGGUGGGCUUGGAUGAGCUGGUUGCCGAUAUCUAUUCGAAAAAUCUGGAGCCCAGUAUACGUGGCGUCUCUGGCUUCAAUCUGAAGCACAAAAACGUUGCGGACGUCUGCUUUGGCAAGUCGAGGCGUACGCCUGCCAGCGAGAUGAAGGAUGUGCCCAUUGGCGAUGCGGCGUUUGUAGCGGCGCAGAAGAAGGCCAGCGAAGAGAGCAAGGCCAGGAAAGCGGCGGCAGCGGCUGCGAAGGGCAAGGAUGGAAAGGAUGGCAAGCCAGCUAGCGAUGACAAGGGCAAAGAUAAAGAUGCUGAGCCAAAGGAUGCAAAAGCCGCUGAACCACCCAAAGCAGCCGCCCCACCAAAAGCACUUGCCCCACCAAAAAGCGGGGACAAACCGAAAUCCUAAACUGAAGCCACAAAUAAAAAUUAAAAGCGAAAAACCACA